AUGGACUUUUUUUACUGGCUUGGAAAUCAGGUUUACGAGUUUCAGAGGCGUCCCAAGGAGUCGGAAGAAGUUCCCAAAGUUAAGGUUGGCAAUAGUCCCCAAUUACCAAAAACACCGCAACUACCUCUUAAAUUAGAAAAUCCAAACUCAAGCAAAGAACUAGAAUUAUUAAAAACCAUUGAAAAAUUAAAAAGAGAAUUAGAACAAAAAGACCUAAUAAUUGCGGAAAAAAACAAGCAAUUACAAAAUAAAGACAGCGAAAUUUCUUUACUAACUAUAAAUAAUAACCAAAUUGAGCCUGAACCUUCCAAAGAAAAAAAUAUUAGAAAAUUUUUGCUUAAUUUUGGGGAGAAUUUACCCAAUAAUUUAUCAGAGAUAAAGGAACCACCAAAUAACUCGCUAGCUGUAAAAGAAAAAGAAGUAGAAUUACAAGCCCAAAUCCAAGGGAGUAGCAAAAUCACCGAAUUAGUAAACCAAGAAAUAAAAAUAAGCAGGGAAAGAAAAUUUUCGCUCAAUACUAAACAAACUGGGGAGGCACUAGAACUUUUAACCAGUUUAGAAAGUAAUAGCGUUAGUUUAGUUUUCUUGGAUCCGCAAUAUGAGCCAGUGCGGAAUGUUCUGUCGGCCAAUUAUCCACUUUAUUGUCAAUCUGAUUAUCAAAUUUUAAGGAUAUUAGAGCAAGUGGAGCGGGUGUUAAAACCUAGCAAUGACCGCAUUCCUUUAUGGUUGUUAAAAACUCCUGCUUUAAAAAUUGUUGAUUUCUUGGUCUGGCACAAGAAAAAUACUCUUGGACUUGUAUUUAAAAACAGGAGUUUCGGUAAUGUGUGGGAGGAAGCGGUUUUAGCACCUAGUAAGCGUAAACAUCCGCAUCAGAAGCCCAAAGAGUUAAUAAAGGCUUUAAUUGAGGCGACUACUAAUCAAGGAGACUUAAUAAUUGACCCUUGUGCGGGUUCAUUCGUGGUUUUAGAAGUUUGCCAAGAGUUAAAAAGGGAGUUUUGUGGAGUUGAUUUAACUUUUAAAGAAUUGCGGGAAUUCCUAAAAGAAAGCGUUCUGCUAAAAAACGUAAAAGAUGCCGAAGAGUUUUUAGAAUAUUUAGAAAAAAGAUAUAUAAGAGUUAAUGGUCGGCAUGGAAGGAUGGACAAUGGUGGUCAUAGUUUAUUAGUUUCAGUUCUCCAACGAGAUAUAAAUAACUAUCGCAAUGCGAAUUAUCGCCAAAAAGAAGCAGAAUUUUUCCCUUUAAUAGAAAAGCAUCUAGCCGAGUGUAAAGAAGUCCAAAAAAAUAUUGCGGCAGUAGAUGCUAAAAAAAAUGAUGGUUUAGUUUAUGAUGAUGGAAAAACUUUAAAAGAAAAGGGAUAUUCAGAAGACGUUAUUGCUAAAUUCUCACCAGUUUCCGGAGAUUCAUCAGCCUUAACUCUUUAUUUAGGAUUACUCAGUGCUUAUUAUCAAAAACCUAUUUCCCAAGAGGUAGCCGCAUCAGGUCGUAUUGAUAUUGGAAAAUAUUCGGAAUUCGGUGGUUGUCCUUGGUGUUUUUAUGAAGAGUUGAUUGAAGACACGGAAGAGAAUUUUAGCCAAGUCAAAAUUAGCCCUGUUGAUGGAUUAGAAUACAAAAUCCCAGUCGCAGUGAAGAAGGGAGUAAAAAAACUAGUCCUCUCGACCGAGCAAAAAAAAAACUACGAGCAGGUGGUUUCACCGGAAAUUAGAGAAAAAUUAAAAGUCUACUAUGUUAAGAAUGUAGAAGAAUUAGAAAAAUUAUUUUGA